AGGAGGAGGAGGAAAGGAAGGCCAAAAGCCAGAGCAGCCAAGCAGCCAGGGAGCCUGAGCAUCGGGGGAGAACAGCCUGAGCCCGGAGCAAGUUGCCUCGGGAGCCCUAAUCCUCUCCCGCGGGCUCGCCGAGCGGUCAGUGGCACUCGGCAGUGGCAAGGCUGAAAUAUGAUAAUCAGAACAGCUGUGCCGCGCGCCCCGCAGCCAAUGGGCGCGGCGCUCGCCUGACGUCCCCGCGCGCUGCGUCAGACCAAUGGCGAUGGAGCUGAGUUGGAGCAGAGAAGUUUGAGUAAGAGAUAAGGAAGAGAGGUGCCCGAGCCGCGCCGAGUCCGCCGCCGCCGCAGCGCCUCUGCUUCGCCAACUCCGCGGGCUUAAAGUGGACUCCCGGAUCUGCGAGGGCGCGGCGCAGCCGGGCAGCGGCUCUUUCAGCUUUGGCAACCCCAGGGGCCACUAUUUCCCACUUAGCCACAGCUCCAGCAUCCUCUCUGUGGGCUGUUCACCAACUGUACAACCACCAUUUCACUGUGGACAUUACUCCCUCUCACAGAUAUGGGAGACAUGGGAGAUCCACCAAAAAAAAAACGUCUGAUUUCCCUAUGUGUUGGUUGCGGCAAUCAAAUUCACGAUCAGUAUAUUCUGAGGGUUUCUCCGGAUUUGGAAUGGCAUGCGGCAUGUUUGAAAUGUGCAGAGUGUAAUCAGUAUUUGGACGAGAGCUGUACGUGCUUUGUUAGGGAUGGGAAAACCUACUGUAAAAGAGAUUAUAUCAGGUUGUAUGGAAUCAAAUGCGCCAAGUGCAGCAUCGGCUUCAGUAAGAACGACUUCGUGAUGCGCGCCCGCUCCAAGGUGUACCACAUCGAGUGUUUCCGCUGCGUGGCCUGCAGCCGCCAGCUCAUCCCCGGGGACGAGUUUGCGCUGCGGGAAGAUGGGCUCUUCUGCCGCGCGGACCACGAUGUGGUGGAGAGAGCCAGCUUGGGUGCCGGCGACCCUCUCAGUCCCUUGCAUCCAGCACGGCCGCUGCAAAUGGCAGCGGAGCCUAUCUCUGCCCGGCAGCCGGCCCUGCGGCCCCAUGUCCACAAGCAGCCAGAGAAGACCACCCGUGUGCGGACUGUGCUGAAUGAGAAGCAGCUGCACACCUUGCGGACCUGCUAUGCUGCCAACCCCCGGCCUGAUGCACUCAUGAAGGAGCAACUAGUGGAGAUGACAGGCCUCAGCCCCCGCGUGAUCCGAGUCUGGUUUCAAAACAAGCGGUGCAAGGAUAAGAAGCGGAGCAUCAUGAUGAAGCAGCUACAGCAGCAGCAACCCAAUGACAAAACUAAUAUCCAGGGGAUGACAGGAACUCCCAUGGUAGCUGCCAGUCCAGAGAGGCACGACGGUGGCUUACAGGCUAACCCAGUUGAGGUGCAAAGUUACCAGCCGCCUUGGAAAGUACUGAGCGACUUCGCCUUGCAGAGUGACAUAGAUCAGCCUGCUUUUCAGCAACUGGUCAAUUUUUCAGAAGGAGGACCAGGCUCUAAUUCCACUGGCAGUGAAGUAGCAUCGAUGUCCUCUCAACUCCCAGAUACACCUAACAGCAUGGUAGCCAGUCCUAUUGAGGCAUGAGGAACAUUCAUUCAGAUGUAUUUUUUUUUCCCUGUUGGAGAAAGUGGGAAAUUAUAAUGUUGAACUCCGAAACUAAAGUAUUUAACGACCCAGUCAAUGAAAACUGAAUCAAGAAACGAAUGCUCCAUGAAAUGCACGAAGUCUGUUUUAACGACAAGGUGAUAUGGUAGCAACACUGUGAAGACAAUCAUGGGAUUUUACUAGAAUUAAAACAAACAAAACCUAAAACCCAACAUACGCUAUUCAAUGACCUUAGGAGUACUGAAGAAAAAAAAAAGACGUUUUUAAAAACGUAGAGGAUUUUUAUUCAAGGAUCUCAAAAAAAAAGCAUUUUAAUUUCACUGCACAUCUAGAAAAAAAAAAAAGCAGAAAUAGAAAAUUUUCUAGUCCGUCCUAAUCUGAAUGGUGCUGUUUCUAUAUUGGUCAUUGCCUUGCCAAACAAGAGCUCCAGCAAAGAUCAGGAAGAGAGACUGGCCUCCUUGGCUGGAAAGAGUCCUUUCAGGAAGGUGGAGCUGCAUUGGUUUGCGAUGUUUUUAGUUGACUAACAAGGGGUUAAUUGAAAUCCUGGGUCUCUUAGCAUGUCCUAUAGCUGGUUUCCUUUUUACUUUUGUCCCUCUCUCCUUUUUUUUUUUUUUUUUUUUUGAGAUCCAUCCUCUAUCAAGAAGUCUGAAGCGACUUUAAAGGUUUUUAAAUUCAGUUUUAAAAACCAACUUAUAAAGCAUUGCAACAAGGUUACCUCUAUUUUGCCACAAGCGUCUCGGGAUUGUGUUUGACUUGUGUCUGUCCAAGAACUUUACCCCCAAAGAUGUGUAUAGUUAUUGGUUAAAAUGACUGUUUUUUUUUUCUCUCUCUGGAAAUAAA